AUGAUAAGACCAUAUUUUGAUUUUGCUGAUACUUUGGGACUUAGUAAUGGAGUAAUUUUGAAAGGAGAAAGGGUAGUCAUACCUUUCAGUAUGCGCCAAGAAAUGAAGAAAAACCUGCACACAGCACACAUUGCAUAUGAUGGAAUGAUGAGGAGGGCCCGACAGAUGAUAUUCUGGCCAGGCAUGGCUGAUGAAACAAAGCAGAUGGCAGAGACAUGCACUGCUUGUCAAGAAAGAAAACCUAUGAACCAGAGAGAAACACUUAUACAACAUGAUGAAGGAAAUGUUCCAUGGGAAAAAGUUGGAGCUGACCUGAUGGAAGUGGAUGGAAGACAGUAUCUAAUUACUGUUGAUUAUUACUCUAAUUUUAUUGAGUAUGAUUAUCUUUCAACAACAUCACAAGAUGUGAUUAGAAAAUUAAAAGGACAAUUUGCUCGCCUUGGUGCUCCAAAAUUGUUAGCAACAGAUGGCGGUCAACAAUUUAGUUCAAAUGAGUUUUUGAGAUUCACAAGGCGAUGGAACAUCAAUCACAUCAGAUCAGAUCCUGGUUAUCCGAGAAGAAAUGGGAAGGCUGAAGCUGCUGUAAAGCUAAUGAAGAAUCUAAUACUGAAAACUAAACAUAAUGGUGAUGAUCCUUAUGAAGCUUUACUGGAACUCAGAAAUACACCUCAGCAAUGUAUUGGAUUUAGCCCAGCUGAAAUGUGCCUCAAAAGAAGUCCUCGGACAUUGAUUCCCAGCACUUCAAAGUGUUUAAGUGAACAUGAUGUAGCUGAGAAAAAAGAGAAUUACAAACAACAAGUAAAAAUACAAUAUGAUAAGCAAGCUCGGGAUUUACCAAAACUCCAUCUAGGGCAAACUAUUUAUUACCAAAACCCAGGUCAAACAGGAUGGUAUCCUGGAUUGAUCAGGGAACAUCCAUCUCCAAGAUCAUAUAAGAUCAAGGGAGAUAAUGGAGGACUCUACAUACGCAACAGAUUUCAUAUUAGGCCAAGGAAAACUAUUUUGAAAGACACUGACGUCUAUGAUGGGAAUGUCUUGGAUGAUGAUGAUGAUAAUGAAAGGCCAGAUUUCUCUGAUAACUGUUCUCAACAUGCAUCACAGUCUGAAGUAGUUUUUCAUGUACCAGACAAUAAUUGUGAUAGAAAUAUGCCAGCAAGAACUAGCAAUCGAGAAACAAAUAGACCUGUGUGGCAUAGGGAUUAUGACAUGUACUAA